CUGGGGCCUCCUCUUGAUAUACUGCUGGAUUCACUGAACUGCACAGCAUUCAGCGUGCAAUGGAGGAUGCCAAAGCAGCAUGUGAGCACUAUCACGGGAUAUACGGUUUUCUACUCAGAGGUUGAAGAUGACAAAGCAGUUAAACAGCUCUCACAUGAUGUUCCCUUGAAUUUGGAUAUGCUUAGCAUGGGUCAGCCUGAAGGACAAGCAAUUUUUGAAGUUGUUAUCGGUGAUCUAAAGCCAGGCACUCCACAUCGCGUUAGCGUGGGAGCAUAUGGCUGGGCAGGGAAAGGACGACCCAGCACGCCUAGAGACGUGACAACCUUAUCUCAAGAUAAGUGCAUGCCCCCUGCACCACCCUUUCAGCCACAGAUUGUGGUAGUUUCUGAUUCAGAAGUUGCGUUAUCCUGGAAGCCUGGAGCAAGCGAAGGAAGUUCUCCCAUCCAGUACUAUAUGGUGGAGUUUAUCAGGCCAGACCUUGACAGCAACUGGACCAUAAUAAGAGAGCAGAUCCAGAUGGAGUCCAUGGUUCUCAAAGGACUUUUGCCAAACACCAAGUAUCAGUUUGCCGUCCGAGCAGCAAACUCCUAUGGAUCCAGCACUGCCAGUGCACCAAGUGACAUCAUCCGAACGUUCAGCUCUGAGGAGUUAGGAAGUGGAAGCUAUGGGCAUCGCUAUAUCACAGAGACAGUGACUGGUGAUGAUGAUGGAUUUGAUAUUGAUGACUCAGACUACGACAUUUACAUAGAAGAGCUCAGACCUCUUCCUGCUAUCAAAGGAGGCAACAGAAAGUAUCUAGUUAAAACUAAAGUCACGCCAGGGUCUAGUUCCAGGCUUCUGUCACGGGUCCUUACAACCACUUUGGAACCCACUACUUCCACUCCGACCACCACAAGGCCUUCAACCACAGCGAGGGCAACUACGGCGUGGUCAGCAAGGAGAGGUGGUACCUCUUCUGCCGCGCGCCUCUUUGAUCUCUCCUGUGAUGAGGCUGUCUGUUCUGCAGACAGCUUUUGCAUCAACGACUAUGACCGGGGUGGCUCACGCUGCCACUGCAACUUGGGAAAAGGAGGAGAGACCUGUGCAGAAGAUAUUAUUAUCCAGUAUCCUCAGUUCUCUGGCUACUCAUAUAUCACCUUUGAACCACUGAAAAACUCCUAUCAGACAUUUCAAAUUACCCUUGAAUUCAGGGCUGAAUCAGAAGAUGGUUUGCUGCUAUACUGUGGAGAAAAUGAACAUGGUCGUGGUGAUUUUAUGUCAUUGGGAAUCAUCCGACGUAGUGUCCAGUUCAGGUUCAACUGUGGUACUGGAGUUGCAGUCAUAACGAGUGAAAACAAAAUCAAGCUGGGGAACUGGCACAGCGUCACGUUGUUCAGAGAUGGGACGAACGGCUGGCUCAGAAUGGACAAUGAUGCUCCAGUGACAGGAAAAUCUCAGGGCCAAUAUAGUAAAAUUACGUUCCGGACUCCCUUCUACGUUGGCGGUGCCCCCAGUGUGUACUGGCUGGGGGGAGCCACAGGAACAAACCGCGGAUUUCAGGGCUGCGUUCAGUCGCUCAUCGUCAACGGCAAGAUAGUUGAUAUGAGACCAUGGCCAUUAGGGAAAGCUCUCAGUGGUGCUGAUGUUGGUGAGUGUAGCAGUGGCAUCUGUGACGAGGCAUCCUGCAUCAACAGUGGUACCUGUACUGCAAACAAAGCAGAUUCAUACAUUUGCCUUUGCCCACUUGGAUUUAAAGGUCAUCAUUGCGAAGAAGCACUCACCUUGGCUAUUCCUCAGUUCAACGAGUCCUUAAGGUCAUUUGCUAGCACACCUUGGCCCUUGGAACCACAGAAUUACCUGUCCUUCAUGGAGUUUGAGAUGACAUUUCGUCCAGAUUUAGAGACUGGUGUCCUUUUGUACAGCUACGACACAGACAGCAAGGACUUCCUCUCCAUUAAUAUGGUGGCUGGAUAUGUGGAGUUUAGGUUCGACUGUGGCUCAGGAACAGCUGUUAUCAGGAGUGAAGAACCUGUCAGUCUGGGUCAGUGGCAUGAGUUGCGAGUGUCUCGCACAGCGAAGAAUGGUAUUUUGCAAGUGGACAAACAAAAGCCAGUGGAAGGGAUGGCAGAGGGGGCUUUCACACAGAUUAAGUGCAGCUCUGAAAUAUUUGUUGGUGGAGUCCCUAGUUAUGAUACUGUGAAGAAGAACUCUGGGAUCCUCAGACCCUUCAGCGGCAGCAUCCAGAAGAUUAUCUUAAAUGAUCGAGCAAUAGAUGUGAAACAGGAUUUCACUUUUGGAAUCAACCUGGUGAACGCUGCCCACCCCUGCGUGACCUCACCAUGUGCAAAUGGAGGCACUUGUGUUCCCAAGAAGGACAGCUAUGAAUGUGACUGUCCCCUGGGCUUCGAUGGGCAACAUUGCCAAAAAGCCAUUACAGAAGCAAUUGAAAUUCCACAGUUUAUUGGUCGCAGUUACCUCACAUAUGAUAAUCCAGAUAUACUGAAAAGGGUAUCGGGCUCAAGAACAAAUGUGUUCAUGAGGUUUAAAACCACAAUGAAGGAAGGUCUUCUGUUGUGGAGGGGAGACAGUCCCAUGCGACGGAACAGUGAUUUCAUUUCUCUAGGCCUUCAAGAAGGAGCAUUAAUAUUCAG